UGCAGAACAGUUGACAAGCAAUUGUCAAGCGAGUAACAUCUUACCAGAGUUCACUGUACCCAUAUUGAGACAAGCCGAAAGCAUGGGUUGUUGUGCGAGCAAUCUGAAGCUCAAGGAGCUGAGCAGCCUGAACAGCAGCAUCUAUCUGGCAUCUGGAGCAUCCGGGUCCAGUCGCUCCCAGAAGCGCUUGUACAGCAGUCGAAACAGCAGCGGAGUGGGCAGCAGCAGCGGGAGCAGCAGCUUCCCAUCCUCGAGCCGCAGCAUCUGGAGCCGCGCCAGCCAGCCAAUUUGCGAUGAUUUCGCAGAGCAGCCCCAACUGGACAGAUCCUGCGGUUACUACACCUGCAGCAGCGCCAAUUCGUCGCCGCGCAAGGGCCAGGAGCACGACGAGGAGGAUGGAGUGCUUAUGCGCACACAGGACAUGAGUGCGUCCUCCCGCGAAUCCACAGAAGCCAGCCAAAUGGUGGGCAACCUGGAGUGGGAGAUGUACAUGAUGCAGCAGGCGCAGCGCAUAAUGCCCAAGACCUCGUCGCCGAUUUGCCACCGAAGGGAUAAUGGUCAGAUGCCUGCCUCUUCGUACCAGAAGUGGAGGAACUAUCUGCAAUCGACACCGGCGCACAUGCUGCACAAUGUCACCCACAUUCCGGAGGCCAUUGCCGGCCACUUUUGCCCCGUCAGCUUUCCGGGCUUCAGCGACCUGGAGGAGAUGGAGAGUGCGGCCAAGCGGUUCAAGGUGGAUCUCGAGAAGGAACCACUGGAGGAGCCCCUGUACACCACCUACCAGCUGCUGGCCGGGCACACGCACACCAUAUCCACAGAUCUGUGAGACGACCCAUCCAAUCGCUCCAUCUCCGCCUGGUUCGGAAUGGUUUGCCGAUUCGUGGAAUCCCGGCGAGGACUGGCAACAGGUGUGCCAGCUGUCAAACAGUUGGACAAAUAUUAAUUACAAGCCCGCUCGAUUGCAUUGCCCAGCAAUGGCAAUUCGGCCCAAGCGAUUUUACAAAUAUGCACCUUUUUUUUGACUGUAUAUCAUACAACCUAGACUUAAGGACAGGACAAUCAACGAUGUGUACGUUGUUGGAUAAUCAAAUUAUGCUCGCAAAUAUAUUUGACAAAC